GUACUAAUAAUCAAUAAUAAUCAAUAAUAAUCAAUAACGCUGGUUAUGAGUGGCUUUAAGUUUAAUAGUACUAAUAAUCAAUAAUAAUCAAUAAUAAUCGAUAACGCUGGCUGAGAGAGGCUUCCUUGCUGCGGAGCUUCCUGGCCCAUGUGGACUCCAGAGACCAGCUCCUCGGUGGAAACGGGGGCAGCAGCGGUGGGCGGGACUAAACCACAUCUGGAUGAAAAACAUCUGGACUGCUCUCUCUCUCUGCGUACAUGAGCGCCUCUCCGCUGACACCGGGGCCGAAGACCGACCGACGGACGGGACCGAACCACCGACGGACCGACUGUGUGUUCUGACUUCGCCCGCAGAUGAUGGCUCGGUGCUGGACGCUUUGGACCGGGAUCCUCGUCCUCCUGACUGCCGGGCUUCCUGUUGUCGUCCAGUCUUUCAGCCACCUGAGCUUCAACCUGUGUAGGUGGUGUGAGGUGUCCAGUCCGGUGUGUAGAGACAGCGUCUGCUUCAGUAACUGCACCCUGUCCUCCUUCUGCACCGUCAUAGAGGAGAUCUGCAUCGCCAUGUGGAGGAAGACCAACGACACAAUGACAGUGCACACGAUGUGUCACAACCCCACUCUGCCACUAGAGGGCGUCGACCCCGGCCUGCUGCUGAACUUCACCUCCAGAGAGUGUCACAUGGUCCCACAGCCCGCAGAGGACGGCGCCAUGAUGGUCUGCGGCUGCCAGGGAGAACACGAAUGUAACGACAAGCUCAUCUUCGACAAGGGAGCCAACGGAUUCUCCAAGCUGCAGAGUAAAGACGUGAUCCCGGUGGUGGUGGUUAGCCUGGUGCCUCCUGUCCUGGUGGCCAUAGUUGCCACCGCCGCCUUCUACUUUUACCGCACACACCGUCCUGACAAACCGGGCCCUCCUGCACGCCCUGACUGGCCCACCAAACGCACCCCAGAGCUCUACGAGGCUUUCGACCAGCCAUGUGGGGGUCUGGGGGCUCGGGGAGAGGGUGGAGGAGGAGGUGUGACGGGUCCUGGGGCUGAAGGGGAGGAGUCUAAUGCCAAGCUGCCAUCUUCCAACAAUGACAUCAUCAGUGACAUGACAGAUUGGCAUGGCCAACUGGCUGAACCACUGCCCAUCAAGCUGGAGGUCCUGGUGGGGAAGGGGCGCUUUGCUGAAGUGUGGAGGGCACGCCUGCUGCAGGGCGAGAGGGGUGGAGUUAACAGUUAUGAAAGUGUGGCGGUGAAGGUGUUUCCAGCUGUAGAGUACGCCUCGUGGAGAAACGAGUGCUCCAUCUUCUCUGACCCCAAGCUGGAGCAUGACAACGUGGUUCGAUUCCUAGCAGCGGAAGAGAGGGGCCCGCCCGACCACGCCCUCAGGAAGUACUGGCUGGUUUUGGCCUAUUACAGCCUCGGGAACCUGCAGGACUUCCUCACAGCCAGCAUACUGAGCUGGGAGGAACUUGUUCCCAUGGCAGGCAGCAUUGCUCGGGGGUUAGCUCAUCUCCAUAGUGACACAACGCCCAGUGGGGUACCAAAGGUGCCAGUUGCCCAUCGGGACCUGAAGAGCAGUAACAUUGUGGUGAAGAGCAGGAAGGAGUGCGCUCUGUGUGACUUUGGUCUGGCGUUAAGACUGGACCUCUCCCUUACUGUCGACGACUACGCCAACAGUGGACAGGUGGGGACAGCUCGCUACAUGGCUCCUGAGGUACUUGAGUCCAGGGUGAACCUGGAGGACCUUGAGGCCUUUAAACAGAUGGAUGUGUACUCCAUGGCUCUGGUCCUCUGGGAGAUGGCGUCCCGCUGCCACGCCAUCGGAGAGGUGAAGAGCUACGAGCCGGCGUUUGGCUCCAAGGUUUGUGAGCAGCCCUGUGUGGACAGCAUGAGAGACCUGGUGCUGAGGGACCGAGGACGGCCGGACAUCCCCUCAGCGUGGACGCAGCACCAGGGGAUGAGUGUCUUCUGCUCCACCAUCACUGAGUGCUGGGACCACGACCCUGAGGCCAGACUGACGGCUCACUGCGUGGUGGAGCGCUUCAGUGUGCUGCAGCAGGAGGAGGAGGAGGAACCGAGGCCAGAAGCUGACGGAGAGGAAGACGGAGACAGAGAAAAGGACUCAGAGACACCAGACAAUGAUCGGGUUCCCUCCUUCUCCACUGCUGCUUCCUCCCCCUCCUCCUCUUCCUCCGUCCAGACUCCUCAGCCAGACUCAAAGAGAGGUGGUACAGAGGUAUCCCAUGAUUCCCUGGUUCACACUGGCUCCGUGGUGUGAGCGCUAUGACCCUCCUUCGUCCCGUCGCUGGCUGCGUUUCCACUGCCCGUGUAAUCUUGUUACUGUGACUCACAGUGAAGUGAUAAGUGACUAAAAGUGGCCGUAAAAACUCAGCCGGAGCGGCAGAUAAAGUGCGUAUUUAAAAACGAGCCCAACCCUCUGCGUUAGCUUAUUUGCUGGUUUUAUGGAGUUCACCCUUUUUAGCCGUGCUGGCAGUGUUGAUCAUUCCAGGCUGAAAUAUCUCCACAAGUGUUGGAUGGAUUUCAAAGAAAUGUUUGUCCCCAGAGGAUGAACCCUAGUGACUUUGGUAAUCCCCUGAAUUUACCUCUAGCGCCACCAGCAGGCUGACAU